GGUUAGAAUGGAGUGAGAGAGUGAAGGAGGGGGAAACGCAGCUGCGCAGUGCUCACAGUUAGCCAACUUUAAACCAAAAAAUAAGAACAUGUUGAGCAGAGUUGGACAUGUUCGCAGGUGCACAGCCACCUUAAGUCCAUUCUUGGGUGUUUUGGCCUCCAGACUGAAGCACACACUUCCAGACCUCCCUUAUGACUAUGGGGCACUUGAGCCCCACAUCUGUGCUGAGAUCAUGCAGCUUCACCACAGCAAGCACCAUGCGACAUACGUCAACAAUCUUAAUGUUGCUGAAGAGAAGUAUCAUGAGGCGCUGGCCAAAGGUGAUGUGACAACACAAGUGGCCCUUCAGGCUGCAUUGAGGUUUAAUGGUGGUGGCCACAUCAAUCACACCAUUUUCUGGACAAACCUAUCCCCAAAUGGCGGAGGAGAACCACAGGGUGAGCUAAUGGAGGCCAUUAAGCGUGACUUUGGCUCGUUCCAAAAUUUGAAGGAGAAGAUGUCUGCCGCUACUGUAGCAGUUCAGGGAUCAGGAUGGGGAUGGCUGGGCUUCGAUAAGGAGAGUGGGAGACUGCGAAUUGCUGCCUGUGCCAACCAAGAUCCGCUGCAAGGAACUACUGGUCUCAUCCCACUACUUGGCAUUGAUGUUUGGGAACAUGCAUACUAUCUUCAGUACAAAAAUGUCAGACCUGACUACGUUAAGGCCAUCUGGAACAUUGUGAACUGGGAGAAUGUUAAUGAGCGCUUUCAGGUCGCAAAGAAGUAAAUGUUACACAUCUAAAUAGAGUUCACUCUCCUUUUAUUCUCACAAAACACACAAACAGCCCUCCACCUUGUUGCCAUCAAAUCCCAUAAUGACUAGUACAGGAACAGGAGGUAUUGUUUUUGGCAAAACUGAGCAAGGUUGUUUGUCAGAAUUAGUUGCCGAAGUAACUGAGCUGGUGCAGUUGUAUGAUUUCAGUGUAUGUAAUUAAACCAUUAUUUGAACUAA